AUGGUUUAUCAACCAUAUGGUUUUGAUUUAUAUAAUAUGCCAGUAAAUUGGCAAUUUCAAAAUAACUGGAUGGGAGGUAGAGGAAGUUGGAAAAAUGGGCAACAACAGAUGCCCUUACAACCACCACCAUUCUAUUAUCCUAUUGAUAAUACCAUGUUGACUACUGAGGUUCCUCGUUUUUUAAACCAAGUACAAUAUAAAGAGAAUAAAGAUGAUGCAGUAAUACCCUCAAAAAGACGUGGUAUUCUAAAAAUAACAAAAAAACCGACACAACGUCGGUUAGUUCAUUUUAUGCCAGAAAAUUGGCAAGGAUAUCGUGGUGAUAAACCAGAUCAAAUAAAUGAUAAAGGUGAAAAAGAAAAAACCAAAAAAUCACCUGAAAAAGCUCAUCUUGACACACUUCGUAGAAGAGCACGGCGUCAAAAACAACGAGCAGUUUUACUUGAAAAAAAUAAUAAUAAUAAAUUACGUUUUUUCAAUGAUAAUAAUCGAUUUAGUCUUCUAUCUGAAGUAGAUGAUGACAACAAUAAUGAACAUAUAAUUGAUAAUUCAGAGGCUGAUCAUAAAACUGAAGCCAUGAAAAAUAAGAAUAAUAAUAAUAAUAACAAGAUGAAACAGAAAAACUUGUCUAAAAAACAAAAAAGACAAGCUAGAACAACAACAGAAGUUCCCAUAUUCGAUGAAUUUGAUGAACAUGUUGUUAAUAAUAAUACAAAGACGCGAGGAAAUAACCAGCGUCAAAUAAAUUUUUCUGAUUCUGAAAAAGAAGAAGAAAAUUAUAAUAAUAAUGAAAAAUCACCUGCUUCAAAUAAAGAUAAACGAAAAUGUAAAAGUUAUUUACAGACUUUUAAAAUCCUCGCUUAUCUAAAAGAUCGUGUGAAUAAAGAGAAUAAAAUAAAACUCGACUUUAAAGAUGUUUUCAAUGAAGUUUGUGAAUAUGCAAAGAAUACCAUUGAAACAUAUGAUAGUUGGGUACAUAAUCAUUAUGAAGCCCAGGUAUGGCAACAUAUCUAUGAUUUAGGCAAAGAAAAAAAUCAUUGGGCUAAAGAAAUCGUAAAUAUAACACAUACACGGGAGGCUAAGAUAAAUAUGUCAAUGUGCGAGAAGAAAUUAGCACAAUUGACAUCGACAUGUUUCGAUGCUAAUAAUAUAAUGGCACGAAAUAUGCGAGAACUUUCAUCUAAAACAGCCACUGCUGCUACAAAACGAGCACAUGAUCUUAUGCUCGAUUACAUUAAAAGCUACACAAGGUCUAGCAAAUAUGAGCAUUAA